UAAAAUAAACAAUUGGGGGCGCCCUUUCAAUCAACAAUCGCCGACACAGCCGAUGUUCGUUGAGCACACGUCUGCACAACUGACCAUCGGGCCUGAAUUUGCUGGCUUACUGGACACGGUUUGAGUCAAGAGAUGGCUGUUUCUGACCAAGCGAAAGAAAGGCUUUGUCCUGCGGUGUCUCAGUAUGGCCCGGCCAAUGUGCGAGAUCUUGAACCAGGCAAGAAGAUGAAGUGGUGCACGUGUGGAUUGAGUAAGACGCAACCGUGGUGUGAUGGAGCACACAAAGGAACAGGCUUUAAAUCUCUCAAGUGGAUUGUUCCAGAGAAACCUCAGAGUGUAUACUCCAUCUGCAUGUGCAAGCACACCAAGAAUCCGCCGUUCUGUGAUGCUACCCACACUAACCUCCCCGCAGCAGUGGAACAGACUCAGGCCUCUUGCCCUGGGUCGAGCAACCACCACAUGAGAGCUUGCCCAAAACUUUGCACCAAGUGUGGCUGGGUGCCAGACUUUUGACAAUGGGCUAAUUACAUGUAGGGCCACCAAUCUUUUAGGAACUUUGACUUUAAACUUGAACAUCCUGAACGUUCCAAAGGUUUCUGUUUAAAGAACAAAAAUUAAUAAAACAGCACAAAUUGAAAUACGGGUUUGUGCAAGUAAAGAUCUCUGAA